UCAGUUACUCUGCAGUUCGACAUUCAAGCAAAAGUUGUUGGCUGAAUUCACUGAAUUUGGAAGACCUGGCUGUAGUUCCGAGUAUAAAACGAAAGCAAAGCACGAUGAAAUUUCCAGAUUCAAGCUGGCUUCAUUCGAAAGAAAAUGCAAAAAAAGCUUGUCCAAAUGCAUAUGGAAUUUUCGGAGUUUUCCGAGUGCACGAGAAUCGUACACAAUCGGAUCAGUAGAAUAGAUCCUGAGAAUGUUAGGAAGAUCAUUGGUUUUUUACUUCUUCAUGAUCAUGGUGAUCAAGAAAUGGCUCGUUUGGCGUUAGGGCCUGACCACUAUAUGCUUCAAGUUGUUCACUUAGUCAAGACUGAGCUGCAUUUAAUAGCUCUUAGAUCGAUGCCACUCUCUAUGUUGACUGCAGAGACGCCCCUGGCCUUGCCCUCGCCCCCGCCCCCAUCCCCGCCCCAGUCCACGUCCCUUCCCACGGGGGGUUUCGUUCCUUUUGCCUUGUCCCGAAACAGGCUCUUUCCAUCUUCCCCUUCAACUCCCCAACAGCUGACUGACAAACCUACUCCCGAUUUCAUAACAUUGAGCUACACUGAUUCUAUGUAUGAACUCCAAAAUCCAGCUCAGUUCUAUAGUUUAGAUGAUCAUGUUGAACCACCAAACUCUGGCCUCUCUGGCUAUGAUUGUAGCUAUGUUGAUCAUGCUGGACUUGUCAACAACUUGAGUACUAGGACUACUGCCCGCCAUUACUCGACUAUGCCUGAGUAUCAUCCGAAGAUAUGCCACUACUACAACAAAGGAUAUUGCAAGCAUGGAUAUGGUUGUAGGUAUCUCCAUACUAACCCCAUAUUCGAGAGCGUUUCUCAGGUGUAUAAUGGAAAUUCUGUCAAUGAAGAUCAUGUUUUUCGGCCUGGUUCACUUGAGAAGUUGGAGUUUGAAAUCGUUGAGCUUCUUAAAUCAAGGAGGGGUAAUCCUAUUUCAAUUGCUUCACUGCCAAUGAUUUACUAUGAAAAUUAUGGAAAAGUUCUUCAAGCAGAAGGAUACCUGACUGAGAGUCAGAGGCAUGGUAAAUCAGGCUUUAGCUUGACGAAGCUUCUCACUCGAUUGAAAAGCAUUCAGGUGAUCGACAGGCCUCAUGGGCAGCAUGCAGUCAUUUUGGCAGAAGAUGCUCCAAGAUUCAUAGAUCAUCGAGCUGAGAAGAAUGACCAUGGUCCACAUGGUCCAAUCGUUAGCAGCGCACGACAGAUAUAUCUGACAUUUCCAGCUGACAGCAACUUCACUGAAGAUGAUGUUUCUGAUUACUUCAGUGACCAGUAUGGAUUGGUUGAAGAUGUAAGGAUCCCAUGCCAACAAAAAAGGAUGUUUGGGUUUGUGACCUUUUACAAUAUCGAAACUGUGAAUCUAAUCUUGUCACAGGACAAUGAGCAUUUAAUUUGCGGGGCUCGGGUUCUCGUGAAGCCUUACAGAGAAAAGUCGAAGCUGGACAGGAGGAACCAAGAGAAAAUAGAACAGCAAAAGCUAUAUUAUGCUUCACACUAUAACAACAGUCUCGAAACUGAGCAGCUUCACUCAAGCUAUGAGGACUCCAGAAUGUUCAGCCUCAGGAUCGAACAACAGCAGCAACAACAGCAGCAGCAGCAGCAACAACAGCAGCAGCAGCAACAACAACAGCAACAGCAGGCAUACGAAGUUGAAAGGAGGCUUUCAGAGAUGAAUUUAAUGGUUAAAUCUGUAAUGAAUCAGCCAUACUUCAGCUAUCAGAUGAAGCAACUCGAUGUUCCAGAAGAUCAUUUCAGUUUCCCAAUUGCAGAAAGGUUAGACAAUCUGUUGGAUGCUCUGAAAACUGGCGCCGGCAGUGCCGGUGCUGGUGCUGUUGCCAGUGCCAGUGCCAGUGCUGGUGCCGGUGCCGGCUCUAGUGGUCAUAAUAAUAAGCCAGCCGAGGCCGACUGGAAUCACCUUGUCAUCGACCUUGAAAGUGAAGGAUAUAAUCUACCAGAGAGCCCAUUUGAAUCUCCAACAGGAAGUAGCAUGUAGGAUGGAAGUGACACAUUCACACACUCACGUAGGAUUAUCAAACCAGCUUUACUUACAGAAGGAAGGAAGGAAGGAAGCAUAAAAAGAACUGCUGUUUCUCAUUCAUUUCAUUUCAUUCAUUCAUUCAUUCGUUUCAUUCAUUCGUUUCAUUCAUUCACGACAGUAAUCUUCUUCGCUACCAGUUCAAUCAUGACAGCUUAUGUAUGAACAUAGUUAUCACGCAUGAAGAUUCUAAGGUUUCUUAUUUCUCAGAAUAAUUUCAGGUUACAAAAGAACCAAUUUUGGUGCUUAGGGAUAGAAAGAUAGGAUUUUGAAGUGUUUUUUUUUUUUUUUUUUUUUUUUU